AGCGACACACAGAAUGAGCUAGAAAUCCAGAUGGGACGAGAUUAGCAUUAGCUAAGAAAAUUUUAUUUAUUUAUUUAUUUAUUUAACACGCAAAGAAAAUCCGCAUUUUGACAAUUUGCCUGCAGAUUUAGUUGUAAGUGUCUGUAAGAGACCAGAGGAAGCGAAAAACUCGUAUUUGUAACGACAACAUGUAUGCCUCAUCGCCUCUGUUCUUCAUCCUGGUGUUUACCUUUGACCUCUCCAUGCUGACUGUGCAGGCUGGACCCUGCCAGAGCUGUCGCAAACUCACAGAGAACUUCAUCAAGGGCCUGGAGCGAACAGCUAAUAAAAACUUUGGUGGUGGAAACACAGCUUGGGAAGAGGAGAAGCUGGCAAAAUAUGCUCGCAGCGAAACCCGGCUGCUAGAGAUCAUCGAGACAGCAUGUGAAAAAAACGACUUUGAGUGUAACAAGCUGCUGGAGCAGAUAGAGGACCAGGUUGAGACCUGGUGGUUCCACAGGCAACAGGAAGCUCCUGAUUUGUUCGAGUGGUUGUGUAUCGAAGAGCUCAGAUUUUGCUGCCCAACUGGCCGUUUCGGACCAGAAUGUGCCGAAUGCCCAUCAGGUCCCGGGGGUGUGUGUGGAGGUCUCGGGCGCUGUGAGGGAGAAGGAACACGUCUGGGAGACGGAGAGUGUGUGUGUGACCCUGGCUAUUCGGGCCCUCUGUGUCAGGACUGUGCAGACGGAUAUUAUAGAGAAAAGAGCUCCAAUCACUCGCAGCCUCCCUGCUCAGCCUGUUAUCACUCCUGUAAAAAGUGUUCUGGUCCACAAGACUACAAGUGUCUGGACUGCAAGCCAGGAUGGAUCCUUCAUGACAACAAGUGUGUGGAUGUGGAUGAGUGCGGCACUGAGUUGGCUCGCUGCUCGUCCAACACUUACUGUUUCAACACCGACGGCUCGUACGAAUGCAGAGGUUGUGAUCAGGCGUGUGUAGGAUGCAUGGGCAGCGGUCCUGCUCGCUGUAGGAAAUGCUCCCGAGGUUACAGGCUGAUCGGAGCCAAGUGUCUCGAUGUGGAUGAGUGUAAGGAGAAAGCAAUAGCUUGUCCUGGACUGAACGAAGCUUGUAUUAAUGAGGAGGGUUCGUUCCGCUGUGAGUGUGCAGAGGGCUUUAUACGCAGAGACAGCAUCUGUGUGGAGAACCUGCCGCUUUCCGAUCCAAACAAAGGCUUAUUUGACGACAUGACGGACGACGAGGUGCUCGUCCUCCAGCAGAUGUUCUUCGGCGUGGUGAUCUGCGCUCUAGCCACGCUCGCCGCCAAAGGAGAUAUGGUCUUCACUGCCAUCUUCAUCGGGGGCAUAGCUGCCAUGGCCGGCUAUUGGCUCUCGGAGAAGGGCGACCGCAUGCUGGACGGCAUUCUCAAAGGACGUUAACCAAUCAGAAUCUCAGGAACCAGAAACAGAGGACAGAUCGACGAACAGUACACGAGCGUAUACGGCGACCUGAACUGAAAGAGGCACGGGAUUUUGUACAAUGACGAGUCAGGGGCGAUUAUAACAUGGUUACUGCGUCAAAGGGCCGGGGACUUUGACGUUCAGUCUAUGCUAUGAUUUGUACUUUGCUCUUUUUAUAUGCAAAGUACAAUAUGUCUGCUCUCUGCUAUAAGAGACUUUACAUAGAGAUGUUUUUACUACACUCGAUUCCAGAUUCAGAGGACUGCACUAAAGCUCGGCACGUAAUAGAAUCUAUUCACCGUAUGUGCGUAAGGAGAAAAGACAGGCACAUAACACAUGACGCUGAAUCAUUCGACACUUUUAGACUGGGCCUAAGAUACUUCAAGCAUCCUGCGACUCUGACACUUUAUCUUUGCUCAGUUUAGAUUACGGAUGGAAUGAUGUAUUAAAUUGUAAGCUAUACUAUAUUCCGAGCAUAAUGAGCAAACCGAUCGUUAUAUAAGCUCUCGACAUACACUGGCAUUUGUUAUCGGCAUGGCAAACAAAAAAUGAUAACAAUUCUAGCUAUUUCAGAGUUCCCUGUCAUGAUUUAUUGUUAUAUCUGUAUAUCAUCACGCCCUUAAUAUACGCUGAGCAAAAUAGCCGUUAGUUUCAGGAACCUGAGACAGAACAGGUCGGAUUUAUUUAUUUGUUUGUUUGUUUGUUUGUUUAUUUAUUUGUCUUCCUUCACUUCAUCAUAGACACAUUUUAUGAAGUGCAUGAACGCUUGACCUAGGAUGGAUAUUUAUAAUAUGUGCUCCGAAACGUCUUCAGCUCAUAUAAUUAAUAGUAAAAAAAAAAACAUUUUUUUUUACAUUUAUAAACAGCAUCAGUAAGGAUUAUAAAUGGUAUUUAUUUAUUUAUUUAUUUACUUCCUUCUGUGUGUAAUUUUCCCUGAUAGAAUAAUGUGAUUAUUCAACCAGUUUUUAGAUCGUCUUUUUGUACCUGCUCUCAAUUGAUUUAAAUAUCUUUAUUUGUAUGUGUAUGUAGAGCAUCGUUUCAAUGUCGAUAUGACGUGUACGGUAUACAAUUAUUUAUUUAUUUAUUUAUUUAUUAUGGUUAUCGUAUAAUUUCAGGGUCUUUUGAAUUCAAUGAACCUUGCUUGGAAAUUGCAGAUCUUCACUCGUGUGAAAUUGACAGGCAUUGAAAAAGAACAAGAAAAACACCAAGAUAAUUCAUUUGUGCUACUUUAAGUUUUUUUUUUUUAAACAGAUACUUUAGCACUUAUAUUUCAAUUCAAGUCCAUGACUGAGAGUGAUUAUUAACUUACAGUGAACUCUAAACCACACACACACACACACACACACACACACACACACACACACACACACACACACACACACACACACA